GAGGAAUAUUCUCUGGCUAUUCUCAAGAAGAAGUUGAAGAUGAAAAAGAACACCAGUAUGGAAGAUAAACAGAAGGUUCAUGUGUUUUUGGGUGCACCCAAUCCCCAGUCACUGUCUGAGGAGGCCAUGGAUAAAAGUACCAAUCAGUGGAGGACUUUAGACUUUAGCUGGAAUCAAGGAAGGCUAAUGCCCAGGAAGGAAGACACUGAGGGACAGAUACAUAGUCAAGUUGCUGCCCAGGCCAUUAGUAGCCAGAAUCCAAAUACUGAUCAGGAGAAGCAUAGCUUCGCAGUUUCUGAAGAGGGUAACUUGACACUGUCUGAAGAUGAUAUUACACCCUCGAUUAGCCAGUCCUCUCUGAGUAAACAUGCACCUGAAGAGGAUGGCAUGAGCCCCAGACUCGUUACUGAAUAUCUAGACAGCUGCUUCCCCUCCCCACAAGCUGAACCAAGAUCUGACUCUGAUCCAAGUCCUGCCAUAUCUGCAAAGACAGAAUAUCUUUCCACCUGGACCAAGACACAAGGAUUGCUCCUGAAACCUGGAGUAGUUAGGGAGCAUGGUUCUGGCUCAGGCAGCACACUUGGGUCUCCCCAAACACCACCCAAACAAACUCCCUCAGUCUCUUUGGGCUCUCCAGAGCUUUACAGCCCAGAGGUCAGUCCAGGAAAUAGAGGCCUGGGAGGAACCCUGCAGGGGUCAGUGGAGCUUUAUGAAAGUCUGAGCCAAAGGCUGCAGGAAGGUGGUGUGAUUUUGUUACGCACUCCUGAUGGUCUACUGUGCUCUCAGGCUAGUGCAGUGGAGCAGGAGGACAACGUAUUCCAGCUUGGCUCCCCGAACAAAUCCGUGGAAACCUCACCUACUCCCAGCACCUCAAAACAGCCUAAGCUUUCUUCAGCUACAGCUUGGAAGCAGCAGGAAACUGGACGAGAAAACACCCUCCAACUUCAUGGUCCAACCACACUGCUCUCCAGGUGCGUCAGUCAUGGAGUAAGUUACUCUAUCUUGGUUGCUGUGGUGCACCCAUGCCACGUGAAGGAGAUCAGCGUGAAGUCUGGAGCAUCAGCCGGAUCCAGUGUCCCGCUGGCCACGCUGAUUGUCACUGACCAGUCAGGAGUGGAGAUGAAGGUGGUGCUGUGGAGGGCAGCAGCGUUCUGGGCACUGACCGUCUAUCCAGGAGACAUAUUGCUCAUCACAGGUGUGACAGUGCAUGAGGAUAAAUGGCGUGGAGAAACUGUACUACAGUCAUCCUAUAUGAGCCAACUACUGAACCUGGGCCAGAUCACGCAAGGCCAUAAUCCAGAAGCUCCACACAAUGUAAACAUCCACACACUGAGAGCUCUGUGUACAUAUCUCUAUGAGAAACGCCCUCUGCUGGUGUCUCUGCCUCCUCGCACCACGCAGAACCUAGAGUCGAUCCCCUUCGUCCGCCUCGGGUCUCUGCGUCCUGACACCCUGGUUCAUGCGCUGCUAAAAGUCAAACACACCAGGAUGAUUUCAGAUUGGCGCAGUGAAGCCGAGGGUGUGUCCCGGACAGGCAGCGUGCCCAAAGCUGUGUUAACAGUAGAACAGGGGGAUGGCAGACAAGGAGCCGUUGUUUUAUGGGGAACUGCUCUCACCUGGCUACAGCACAUACACACCAACAAGGAUGCAGUUUGGGAACUGCGGUUGCUGUUGGUGAAACAGGAUGUGAUUUCAGGCCUUCUUGAGCUUCACUCCACACCAUGGAGCUCGUGCCAGGUUCUGCACCCAAGCAACCCACAAUACAAAGAGUUCUUCAGCACCGUCACAUCACACAGGGGCAGCAGCAGCAGCUUUGAGGUUGACCUACCCACACUCCUGUCUCAGAAAUACACAGGCGACGUUGAGCUGAGAGUUCACAUCGUAGCGUUCCAGUUCCACAGCAGUCCUUCCCAGGAUGCAGUGCUGCUCAUGGAUGGAGAGACGCCUCUGGAAAGGAUCCUGGACAUUGUAUCUGGUGAUGUCACUUUCACUGGAUGUGGCCUGUGCUGUGCUGAGCUAGACACAGACGAGAAUGGCAUCUACAGACCAUGCUACCCGUGCCUGCCUCAUACGGGAGUACGCCGUUACUACAGGCCUGUAGUUCUCACUGUGAGAGAGGGACAGUGUCAGGUCUGUGUGCAUGUUCCACCUACACUUGUACAGAAGAUCCUGCUUAACACUCCACCAGACAAGCUAAACAAGACUGUAGCUCCCGUGUCAGAGGAGAGAUUUGUUCAGGUCAUUGCUAAGAGGAUCCACUCCAUCCUGUCCACUCCAAGGUCCAGGUUUCAUCUCACCAUCCGCAGCCAUUUUGAGUGUGAUGAAAACAGCAUUCCUAUUGUACAGAAUUUCUUGCUGUUAGAUUUUAUCUCUCAUGAAGCUUGAAACAAUGAACUCCGUGCCCUUAUAUUUAAAGACUUGCCUUAUGUACAGUAUUUUCAACUCAGACCUCGAAUAAAUGUAAUAUGUAAAAAAAAAACAACAACAACAUAGAUCUAGAUUAUUUUUGUGUCAAUGUAAGUAUAAAUUGCACAAAAGCACAGAUUUAUAUAUUAAUCUAUAUAUAUUUUAUACAUUGAUGAUUGAUUGUAACCAAUAAAUUAACUCUGCAUUUGCACUGUUUGAAACAAUUCUUAUCAUCAAUAAAAGCUUCUUGACUUGACAAAUGAAACUCCAAUAUUGGAGUCCUAUAUUUCUGAAAUAUUGUCCUUGAUAGAUAUUUCAUAUUACUGUGCCAGAGCAGUGCAGUCUUUCUUUGCUGGUACCAUUUCAACACACAGGGAAGCAUUUCAACACUAGACUUAGACACUAGACUGUGAAAUCUGCAUUAAAAAGUAACACGAAUCUACUUUCUACAUGGAUAGUGUGGGAAACAUGAUGACUUUAUUAAUCUUUCAACAGCAGAUCUAUCGUUAGUAAUUCAUAACAGUAGUAACUUUACUGUUACUAUAGUAACAACCCACUCACAGGGACUUGUGUGGUAAACCCUCUAUAUAACCAGAUAGAAAACGGAUAAUUGUUUUGCUACUGAGAUAUUUCUUGAGCAUUUUGGAAGGGGUCUCUCGGGUCAGCCCCUUAUGACAGUCACAGGUAAAUGAGUUCCUUUGAUUUCCAGGAAAUACACAGGAAAGGCUUCAGAACAGAUGCAUUUGCAUUUUCUCAGUAACCUGAAAAGAGAAGUGACAUUUUUUCUCUACAAAAAAUGUAGAGAAUCAGAAUCAGUUUAUAGCUGCUAUAAUGUAAGUGAUAAAGGAAACUAACUUUUCAACAUUAAAUGUAACUGUAAAUGGAUAGAAAUUGUUAGCGUUGUCAGAUUUCUCUGGGAUUAGAGGACCCCCACUUUGGGACAUGAAAUUUUUUGGAACAUUAUCAGCUUAGGCAUUGCAUCACACUAACUGUUGUGUUUUAUUCCCUGCUCAAUGCUAAAGCAACACAGUGAUGGAUAUAAAC